AUGGCGCCCGAAAAGAAACGAAAGCGUCCUCAAGAUGGCGCCGAAUCAAACCCCGCAAAAAAACCUCAUGUUAAGAAAUCCGAAUCCACCGCGACAACAGCUCCCGCAGCACCCACAGCGCCUUCAACGCUACGGUCUGUGAAAGAUGACGAGGGUUCAUUUCCAAGAGGCGGCGCGAGUGCAUUGACACCUUUGGAAUUUAAGCAGAUCUCAAAUGAGGCGGCCAGAGACGUUUUAUUUGAGUCCGGGGGUGCUGGAAAAACCAGUGGUGGGGAUGGCGGGAUAGCGCUGAAGAAGGGUAAGAAGAAACCAAAAAGGUCAAGAGAAGAAAAGAAGGAGAAGAAGGAAGAUCAAAAAAAAGAGGACAAAGGCCCGUAUCCAGAGGGAUUGAGUUUCAAGAGAUUGGCCUCCGGAAUGCUAAUCCUCGGAUGCAUUUCGAAAAUCAAUGCUACGGAUUUAGCGAUAGCAUUGCCAAAUAAUCUUACUGGCUUCGUCCCACUCACUUCGAUUUCAGAGACAUUCACUAAAAAAAUUGAAUCCCUUAUUGAUGAGUCUGAAGACGAGGCCAGCGAAGAGGAGCAAGAAGAGAAGGGAUCUCAGUCCAAAGAUGAGAAAGAUGCCUUCGAUCUCAACGCAAUGUUUCGUGUUGGCCAAUAUCUUCGCACCUACGUCGUUCAUUCUAUCGAAGAUGUCGCCACGAAAGCCGGCUCUUCCGGCGAUCAGAACAAAACCAAACGACGCAUUGAACUUUCCCUCGAUCCAUCGCUCGCUAAUUCCGGACUCACACCUAGCGAUUUGGUAGUAGGCUGCACAGUUCAGGCCUCAAUUUCCAGUGUUGAAGACCACGGAUUAGUUAUGGAACUUGGCAUUAGUGAGGGUAUCAAAGGAUUUUUAGCAAAAAAAGAGCUUGGUCAUGACUUUACAAUGGCUAAGGCUACCCAGGGACAAGUUUUGCUCUGUACAGUCACUGGAAUUGGAUCUAAUGGAAAGAUUAUAAAGCUCUCUGCGGAUCUUGAACAGAAGCCUAGCAAGAAAGGAAAAAUUGCCGGGGGCAAGGGUACCUGGUGGGUCAGCCAGGCGCCAACAAUCAAUGCCUUUCUCCCCGGAACAGGCGUCGAAGUCCUUGUUACCGAAGUUGGAAAGAAGGGUGGUCUUGUUGGCAAGAUAAUGGGCAUGCUUGAUGCCACUAUUGACUAUUUCCAUAUUGCAGGAUGGAAACCGGAAGAGCUCAGCGAGCGGUUCAAGAUUGGAGAAAAGAUCAAAGCACGAGUAACUAUCACCUUCCCCAGUUCCGACCCCCAGAAGGUCGCCAUUUCAGUUCUCCCCCAUAUUCUCGCGUUCACUCCUCCCGCCGAAAAAGACCUUUCGACCACUCUCCCUAUCGCAACCAUUCUCCCUACAGCAAAGAUCAUCGAUGUAAAGCCUAAAGUUGGUUUGUUUUUAGAAACUGGCAUUCCGGGAAUUCCGGGUUUUGUUCACAUCUCACGAGUAUCAUCGGAAACAAAGAUUGACGAUUUGAGCAAAGAUAGUGGCCCAUACAAACUGGAAACAAUUCACGAAGCAAGAGUUGUUGGGUUUAACGCUAUGGAUGGGAUAUAUCUACUAUCUACGGAAAAGAGGGUCUUAGAGCAGCCUUUCUUGAGGAUUGAAGAUAUCAAGAUUGGGGAGACAGUGAAGGGCAAAAUCCAAAAAGUCCUUGAAAGAGGUGGGGUUACAGUGAAUAUUGCGGACGGAAUCAGCGGGUUUGUCUCGGAAGAUCACUUAAGUGAUGUGAAACUGAAGAACCCAGAGAAGAAGUUCAGGGAAGGAGUUGAGGUUCGAUGUAGGGUGCUUUCUACAAAUCCCGAGAAACGUCAGCUCCGCCUCACCUUAAAGAAGACACUCGUAAACUCGGAUGCUCCUCUUAUCUCCGAUUAUGAGUCCGUUACCCCUGGCACCCGCUCUGUAGGUACUCUUAUCAAGAUCAUGGCCCAAGGCGCUAUCGUCCAAUUCUACGCCGGGGUUUCUGCAUACCUUCCUGUUUCUGAAAUGUCGGAGGCGUACAUCCAAGACCCGAAAGAACACUUUCGAGUAGGGCAGUCUGUCAACGUACAUGUUCUCUCUGUCGAUCCUGAAAGCAAAAAGAUGAGGGUAUCUUGCAAAGACCCCAACUCAUUCGGCGAGGAGCAAAAAGAGGCACUGAAGGCACUCGAACCUGGAAGUCUUGUGAGUGGGACUGUGGUUGAGAAGAGUGACGAUGAUCUAAUCGUGGAGAUCAAGGAUGGAUUGAAGGGGGUACUGAUCGUUAGUCAAUUGACUGAUGGGAGUAGGCAAAAGAACGUAAAUGCUUUCAAGAAGUUGAGGGCAGGACAAACACUAAGUGAUUUGGUGGUUUUGGCGAAGAAUGAAAAGAGGAGGCUAAUCACAUUGAGUAUGAAACCGAGUCUUGUCAAGGCUGCGAAGAGUAAAGAACUCCUUAGUUCUUUUGAGGAUGUUGAAGAAGGGAAGAGUGUGAAGGGCUGGGUGUACAACAUCACGCUCGCUGGGGUUUUCGUGGCGUUUGCAGGUGGUCUAGUCGGGUUGGCUGUCAAGAAGGAUCUUCCGACUGAAGUGCAGUCACUACCUGACUUCAAAUACGUCAAAGAUCAGUCAGUAACCGCGAAAGUCACACGGGUCAACCAAGAGAAGAGGAGGUUUUUCCUCUCUUUGAAACCCGAAAGCGAACUUGAAGUCAGAGAGUCCAAGGAGCCCAAGGAUCCAAACCUUGUGACGCCUAUUAACCCUCUAGAUGAGAAGAUGACCUCUCUCACCCACUUCACUCCCGGAACUGUCACGAAAGUGGUUAUCGUAUCUGUGCAGCAGACCCAGAUUAAUGUCAGGCUUGCAGACAAUAUUCAAGGCCGUAUCGACGUCUCUCAGAUUUUCGAUUCGUGGGAAAGCAUCAAAAAUAAGAAGAGUCCCCUCGAGUCUUACAAAAAGGGCGACGUGAUUCCCGCUAAAAUCCUCGGUAUUCAUGAUGCUCGCAAUCAUCGUUUCCUAGCUAUAACACAUAAGACAUCCAACACAAAGACACCAAUCUUUGAGUUAUCCGCGAAGCCAAGCGUUGUUGCGAAGGAGAGUUUAGACAUCUUGACGAUCGACCAAGUCACUCAAGGUUCUAGCUGGGUCGUGUUUGUGAACAACAUAGCUGAAGAGUGUGUAUGGGUGAAUAUCUCGCCCGACAUUCGUGGUAGAAUCAGAAGACUCGAUCUGUCCGAAGACGUUUCGCAGCUUAAUGAUCUCCCCCAAAAUUUCCCUAUAGGUUCUGCGCUCAAAGCCCGCGUAUUAAGCGUAGACACCGAGCACAAAAAACUUAAUCUCUCAGCGAGAUCCUUAUCCGCUUCCACUUUAACAUACGAUCAGCUUAGUAAAGGAAUGGUUGUACCGGCCCGGGUCACUAAGGUUUCGGACCGCCAGGUCAUCGUUCAACUUAGCGAGUCUGCCUCUGGACCAAUAAACCUCACAGAUAUCGCAGACGACUUCUCCGAGGCCAAAGUCAGUAACUUCCGCAAGAAUGAUAUCAUUCGCGUUUGUGUGCUCGAUUUAGACAAGCCGAACAAGCGGAUUACACUUUCGGCAAGGCCAUCAAGGGUGCUAUCUUCCACUCUGACAGUUAAGGACCCGGAAGUUCAAACCAUCGCGAACAUCAACGUUGGGGAUGUUAGAAGAGGUUUUGUUAAAAAUGUUUCUGAUAAGGGGCUAUUCGUUUCUCUUGGUGGGAACGUUACUGCCUGGGUUAAGGUCUCAGACCUUGCAGAUACGUUCUUGAAAGACUGGAAAUCGAUGUUCACUGUGGACCAGCUUGUUGAGGGUAAAAUCGUCGCCGUUGAGAAGACUUUGGGUCAUGUUCAGAUGAGCUUGCGACCUUCCGCUAUCUCAGGCGAGCUCAAGAAGCAGACUCAACUCUCAGAAUUGAAGGCUGGGCAAGUUGUUACUGGACGAAUCAAAGGAGUUGUUGAUUAUGGGGUCUUUAUACAACUAGAUAACGCUGCAAAUAUCAGUGGUCUGUGUCACAAAACCCAGAUCGCUGAUGGUGUCGUCGAAGAUAUUGGCAAGCUGUAUGCAGAGGGCGAUCCCGUGAAGGCGAAGAUUCUAAAAGUAGAUGUACAGAAGGGAAGGGUAAGCUUUGGGUUGAAGGCGAGCUUUUUCGAGGAUGAAGAUAGUGAUGACGAUGCUUCAGAAGGUGGGGUUGAGUUAGAUGAUGAGGACAGUGACGGAGAGAAAGACAGUGAUGAGGAUGGUGAUAUCAAUCUUGAGGAUGUUAAGGAUUUUGACAGUGACGCUGAGGAAUCAGAUAAAGGCGGAGAUGUUGAUAUGGAAGACGCACCCGUACUCGCCGUUGGCGAAGGACUGAGUGCUGGCGGUUUCGACUGGACUGGCAGCAUCCUCGAUAAGCGGGAACAUGACGCUGCCUCCGAAUCGGAGAAUGACGGUGACCAAGAUAAACAGAAGAAAAAGAAGCGGAAGAAGAGUAAAAUUAAGGAAGACAUGACUGGGGAUAUGGCAACUCGUGAACCCCAGUCUGUCGCUGACCACGAACGGAUUCUUCUUGGUGACCCGAACAAUUCCGUGCUUUGGAUUCAGUACCUAGCUUUCCAGUUGCAACUCAGUGAGAUUGAGAAGGCAAGGGAAAUUGCAGAGAGGGCGAUAAAGACUAUUGAUGUCAGGGAAGAGAAGGAGAAGCUGAAUGUUUGGAUUGCAAUGUUAAACAUGGAAAAUGCGUAUGGAAAUGAUGAGACCCUACAAGAGACAUUCAAGAGGGCUUGUCAAUACAACGAUUCUCAGGAUGUGCAUGAAAGGCUGGCUAGUAUCUAUAUACAGAGCGGAAAGACUGAGAAAGCUGGUGAUUUAUUCAAAGUCAUAAUCAAGAAAUUCUCCCAAGAUCCGAAAAUCUGGGUUAACUACGCCGACUAUCUCCUCACAAAUAGCAAUAGAGAAGAGGCUAGAGAGUUACUCAAACGCGCCAUGCAAACCCUUCCUCAGUCCAACCAUAAGGAUCUUAUCACCAAAUUUGCCAAGCUCGAAUUCAAGAAUGGUGAUCCUGAAAGAGGAAGGACACUUUUUGAGAACUUAUUGGGUACUUUUAAUAAGAAGAACGACCUGUGGAACGUAUUCCUGGAUGUUGAGAUGAAGUAUGGAGGUGAGAGCGACGAUAAUAAGGAAACCGUCAGGGCGUUAUUCAGAAGGGCAUUGGCAGAAGAUAAGUGCUCAGCACGUCAAGCCAGAGGGCUAUUCAAGAAAUGGAUGGAAUAUGAAAAGAAGGCUGGCGAUGAAAAGAGUGUAGAGGAUGUCACAAGGAAGGCGAAGGAGUACGUUGACUCUAAGAAAGGGAAGGCAGAAUAA